AUGGACGAAAAUCCCAAAGAGAGCAGCAGCGGCGCAAAGUUCCGGGGCGUGCGGCGGCGGCCGUGGGGGAGGUACGCGGCCGAGAUUCGCGACUCCAACCGCCACGGCGCCCGGGUUUGGCUUGGGACGUUCGGCACAGCUGAGGAGGCGGCCAGAGCAUAUGAUCAGGCCGCGUAUACCAUGAGAGGACAGCUGGCUGUCCUCAAUUUCCCCCACGAGUAUCCCGCAUUCGCUUGCCGGUCCUCAUCCUCGUCCUCGUCGUCAUCCUCGUCUUCGGCUUUAUCCGGCGUGGCGCCGAGAAAUGAAGUGGAGGAGGGGAAACAAGUGAUCGAGAUUGAGUACUUGGAUAACAAGUUGCUGGAGGAUCUUCUUGAAUUUGGAGAAAAAAAUACAACUAAAUAG